CCUUUUAAAAUACGUACUAGAAUAAGCCUCAGCCCUCUGAUCUCUGCGUCAUAUUCUUUAUCCCAUAUUCCUUGUUUCUAACGUCCCAAAUUAUAUCCAGUCACCCUUUCAAGCUCCAAUUACCGUUUGUUGUUGCGUCUUUAUUGGAGAAAAAAAAUCAAAUCUUGCGAUGGCCAAGAGUUCUUUCAAGCUAGAGCAUCCUUUGGAGAAAAGACAGGCGGAAUCUGCUCGUAUCAGAGAGAAAUAUCCGGAUAGAAUUCCAGUCAUUGUGGAGAAGGCAGAGAGAAGUGAUGUACCUGACAUUGAUAAAAAGAAAUAUUUGGUUCCUGCUGAUCUGACUGUGGGGCAGUUUGUUUAUGUGGUUCGAAAGAGGAUCAAACUAAGUGCUGAGAAAGCUAUUUUCAUCUUUGUCAAGGACGUGCUGCCUCCGACUGCUUCUCUGUUAUCAGCAAUCUAUGAUGAAUACAAGGACGAGGAUGGGUUUCUCUACAUGACUUAUAGUGGUGAGAACACCUUUGGCUGUAAUGAAGGGCAGUAAAUAUAUAUAUUUCUUCUGAUAUCAUUUCAAUUGUAAAGUCCAUUACUUUUAACUGAUAUGUUCAUCAAACUUAGCUGCACAUUACCUUGUUGAAGAAAUCUCUGUUUAUAUAUUACUCUAUUUAAACGA